UCGUGCCAUAUUGACACACGACAGAAAUGGACGCGGGGUUUUUCCGCGGCACCAGUGCGGAGCAGGAUAACCGCUUCAGCAACAAACAUAAGAAGCUGUUGAAGCAGCUGAAGUUUGCAGAAUGUCUGGAGAAGAAGGUGGAUAUGACCAAGGUCAACCUGGAAGUCAUCAAGCCCUGGAUCACCCAGCGUGUGACUGAGAUCCUUGGCUUUGAGGAUGACGUUGUCAUCGAAUUUGUCUUCAACCAGCUGGAGGAAAAGGCCUGAACCAAUAUGGAUCUUAUUCCUUGCAUCUGAAGUAUAGCACCAACUCCUAAUUAGAUCUCACCUGAGCCCAAAGUCUCUCUGAAUCCAACUCUCCCUUGAUGAUGAGCUUUAUUUUUUGAGAACCCGGAUGGGAAGAUGAUGCAGAUUAAUUUGACAGGGUUUUUGAACGGGAAGAACGCUCGAGAAUUCAUGAAGGAUCUCUGGCCGCUGUUGCUAAGUGCCCAGGAGAACAUCGCUGGUAUCCCGUCUGCUUUCCUGGAGCAAAAGAAAGAGGAGAUCAAACAGAGACAGAUUGAACAGGAGAAACUCGCCUCUCUAAAAAAAAUAGAUGAUGAUAAAAGGGAGAAGGAGAUCAAAGAGCGAGCUCAGUCAAAAAGCCCUAAACGGAGGAAGUCCCGUUCCCCUGUGAAGCGUGACCGUAAAUCCAGUCCCACUCGAUCUCCUCGCCGAAAACCGAGCCCGGCUGCCUUGCCUUCUUCUAGUCCGCCCAAUAAUAAAGAAGAACCAAAGCAAGAACCAGACCAAUCAGAGAGCUCCAAACCAGAGCCUCUCAUUGAGGAGGCUUCCUCUACAAGUGAUCUGGUGGUUGAGAUGAAGCCGGACUCCGUGUCUGAGGCUGUGAAAGAGUCCUCUCCAGACAAAACGUCAAAAUCAGAAGACAGGCCCAAACCCAGAGACAGGGACCGAGAUAAAGAUGGACGGAGAGAUCGCCCACGCCACCGCUCUCGCUCUCGAUCACCUCGAUCUCGCAAACGUCCUCGGACCCGCUCUAGGUCGUUCUCUCCUCGCCGCAGAAGUCCCAGGAGGCGAAUCUCUCCGAGACGUAGGAGCCCCCCUAGACGGCGACCUCCCUCUAGACACAGACGUAGCCGUUCACCUGUCCGCAGGCGGCGCUCUCGCUCCCGGUCCUCCUCAGGCAGCUCCUCCUCUCGGUCACCCCAUAAGAGACCAGGGAAGCGUAGGUCAGCUACACCGCCCAGAAAACUUCCACGCCGCUUAGACCCCGUCAGCCCCUCCAGAAGACGAGGCCGCAGUCCUUCAGGACCAGACACCAGCCCUUCAGCUGUGAAGCACAGGCCUGGUGGAAGAAAUGACACUCCUUCUCCAAAACCCAGACGGUCCGAUGCAUCAGAGUCUGAAGAGGAGAAGGUGGGCAAAGGGUCAACAGCAGAUUCUGUCCAGCAGCGUCGUCAGUAUCGGAGACAGAAUCAGCAGUCCUCUUCAGACACUGGUUCAUCCUCUUCCUCUGAAGAUGAAGGUCCAAGGAGGCAAAAUAGAGGGGCAGGUGCCAGGAAUGGGGAAAUCAGAAGGCGGCGGAGCCAUUCUCCUGCAUCACCACGGAGGCGACACAGAGAUGCAUCCCCAAGAAAAAGACGUUCUCCAUCACCUGCUGGCCGCAGACAUCGUUCACCAUCUCCUGUUCGCCGUCGCAGGUCACCCUCUCCUCCCCCAAGGCGCAGAUCUCCAUCUCCACCUCACCGGCGUUUCACUCCUCCCAUCCAGCGCAGAUACAGUCCCUCCCCUCCCCCAGCUCAAAAAAGACGCUCAUCAGGGUCUCCUCCCAAGCGUAGAAGGUCUCCAUCCCCUGUAUCCAAGAAUAGAGGGUCUCUUUCACCUGUGUCCAAAAGGAGAGGAUCUCUUUCACCCAUUUCAAAACGCAAAGGUUCUCCUUCACCCUUGUCCAAGAGGAGAGGGUCUCUUUCACCUGUUUCAAAACGCAGAGGGUCUCCUUCACCCGUUUCAAAGCGCAGAGUGUCUCCUUCACCCAUGCCCAAACGCAGAGUGUCUCCAUCGCCAGUGACCAAGCGCAGGGCAUCUCCUUCACCAGUGACUAAGCGCAGGGCAUCUCUCUCUCCAGUGGCAAAGCGUAGAGGAUCGCCCUCCCCUUUGGCCAAACGUCGCUCCUCUCGAUCCCCCAAACGGAACCGUGGCAGUAGUCCAGGAAAAAGACGUACUCCGCCCACUUCUGCUUCGCCUCCACCCCGCCACCGUAGAAGCUCUCCAAAUCCCUCUGCAGCCCAACGGGGCAGAGAUGCCCGCUCCUCUCCCCCUGCCCAUGCUACACGAGUGUCUUCCAGUCCUCCGGCUCGAUACGGCCCCUCGAGUUUAUCCCCGCAGAGACAAAGACGCCAGGCGUCCCCGUCUCACAGCACCAGACCGAUUCGCAGGGUUUCCCGCACACCAGAACCACGCAAAUCUCAGAGAGGUUCUCAGAGCCCACAGCCUGUAAGGAGACAGGUUUCACAUUCACCAUCUGCUUCUCCUCCUCCUCCUCCUCCCACCGCUCACAAGCGACCAGCUUCAGUCUCACCCUCUCGCUCUGCUAGCCGCUCACCACCUCCACCUGCCAAAAAGAACAGCAGUGUCUCCCCGAGCCCAUCACCUAACAAGAACUCAGAUGUAGAAGGUGGUAAGAAGAAGAAAAAGAAGAAAGAGAAGAAACACAAGAAAGAGAAAAAACACAAGAAGCAUAAGAAACAAAAGAAGGAGAAGAGUGGCGAAGAAAAGAGCGGAGGGGUGGCAGGAGCACACGGACAGGAAGCAGAGCCAGACUCUGACCAGAAAAAGGAAUCAGAGAGUGAAGUAGAAGACAGUUUGGAUGAUCUGGAGAAGCACCUACGUGAGAAAGCUCUCCGCUCAAUGAGGAAGGCCCAGAUGUCUCCAUCUCAGUCCUGAGGGAAUAUCUACCACACCCUACAUUUCCCUCUUUUUCUUCCACUCUCUGCAUUUUAAAUGUUUGAUGUUGGUUCAGCUUUAGAAUGUACAAAUUGUUAAAAUUCACCCUAGACUUUUGUUUGUUUUGGAUUUUCUUUGGAAUGUUUAUUGCUGAGGAGUUUUAUGAUGUGAAAAUGAUUGAGCAGCUGAAGCUUCUUGAUCAAAAUUUGUCCUUCUCCAACCUUAAAUACUGUCAACGACUGUUUAUCCAAAAACACACCUUUUUUAGUCCCCAAUUGCUCUUCAUGAUUCCUGUUGCUUUCAUGGCCAUGAUGAAGCAAGCUUAUUUGCUGUUCUGAGUUAAUAAUGUACAAGUUGGCCUAUGGAUUCUCGCUUCACUCCAGCAGGACUUUUUACGAGCGUUUUGUUUGCAUGGACGGCAGACCCGAGCGUAUUUGUCCUCUAGUGUGCAUGAUCCAUAAACCAAAACACCCAGAGAGCUGAUCCAGCAGGCUGCUCUGUUCAUCUGAGCAUUGUGGUAAUGCUCCAGAGCUCUACUGUGCACAUGAGAACAAAUUAGAAAAGUCUGUUUUCAUUCUUUAUUUUUGCUUUAUAUUUUUUGUAACCUAAGUUGUGUUUGGAAUUGUUGAUCCCUGCAGUAAUUUCUGGCUUUGAACAGUCACAUUAAAAUGAAAGAAAAUGUUUGUCUCAAA